AUGCAGACCUGGGCAAGUGUAGUUACAGGAAGUAAGCUGGCAUCAAAAGGCAUGAAUCUGAGAUACAUUCCACCUAGCAUCCAGGAAGGGAAGACAAUUGUAAAGUUGGAGCAGGAGGAUAUAGAAGAGGAGAGUGCAAAAUGGAGAAUGGCUAUAAUUCUGUAUGUUAUCGGAGAUUCACCAUCGAUAGGAGCAGUGGAGAGAUUUCUCAUAACACAGUGGAAGUUUGGAGAGAAGCCCCAAGUAUACUACCACAAUGAUGAUUACUUUGUCAUUCGAUUCAAAAGCAUAGAAGACAGAGGUGAGGUGUUGUUCUCAGGCCCAAACACAAUUAAUAAUAGGCAUGUGAUAAUGAAGGAAUGGUCGAUAGACUUUAAUUUUCAAAAUGAAGUGCUUAAAACUAUUCCACUAUGGGUGAAGUUUCCAAAACUUCCUCUAAGUUGCUGGGGAGGGAAGUCACUAUGUAAAAUCAGUAGUGGUUUAGGUACUCCUGUAUACGCUGAUGAGUGCACCACCAAGAUUGCACGCAUAUCAUAUGCAAGGGUCCUUAUUGAAAUGGAUAUUACUAGACCACUUCCUACGAGCAUUGCUGUCCAGGACCCUAAGGGAGGGGUGUUUGAACAGGAAGUGCAAUAUAAUUGGGAGCCUGAGUAUUGUGCAUCGUGUUUGAAAAUAGGUCACAAUUGA